UCACAUUGGAUCGCCCACCUUGGAGGGGCUUGACACCCUCUGUGUUAAAACACCUGAACACGCAGGAAAGCUCGCUCUUUUGUGUAUGUUCGUUCGCUUGUGUGCGUUCGCGCUCGUGCGCGUUCAUAUUCUUUCAACCUCUCGAGACCUGUCUCUCCUCAGAGAUAGCCUCUUCCAGCAGUUUGGGUCAGCUAAAUCCAACGGACUCCCGGCUUGCUCAGAACGCAUCAGGACCCUUUGAUACGCGCGCCAGCACGUGUCCCGAGAAACAAAGAAGUCAAUACAAGUAUCUGAACUAUUGCUAACCAGUUGCGUAUAAGCUUUUCCCCUUUUAAAUAAGGAGAUUUGUCCUUGAUGGUUCGUGCAGAUGUGAAUAGCUGAUUUAAUACUGCCCUUUUCUUUGCUUUAUCUAUUUUCUUUCAUUUUCUACUGUUUUACGUUUUUAUGUUUGUUUGUUAAUGUUUGGUCCUUGUUAGUAGUUGGUUUUAGUUCCGCCGUAGUGUAGAUAAAUAAACCGCAUGUGUAUCCACGCUCGAAUUGUUUCUGUGUUUAUUUAUCACAUAUCAAGGUCACUUAAACUGCUUGAUUUCGUUAAGAUUUCUGAAGUGGUACUGUACUACAGUAAGAAUAUUGUUUUUCCAGGCCAGGGGAGUAAUAUUUCUUAGAGUUGAUAUAUGAUCUGCUGAUCACUCGGUGGACGAGUGUAUUUAGUUUGUCGCUGUUAUUAGCUCUGCUGCAUCAGGUUAAAGUAUAUAAAGUAAUUAAUGGUUAAUCACAAUUAAUUAUACGUAUGUUACUGUGGUUAAACUCAUAGUUUCCCCGAAAUACACUACAGUGGAAUCACUGUACUGAGAAUUCAAGCAAUGUUGUCAGCAGAAACGUUCGAUGGGAUGGCACCAUUUAUGCCAACUAUGCACCAAUUAGCAGAUGAACAAGAGGACCUGGACAACAUGGAUGAGUCAAGAAAAGCUACGAGGAGUGGGAGGACAAUAACAAAAAAAAUCACAAAUACAACUCCGAUCAUUAUGGUAAGAAUUUAUAUCAUACUUUUUGUUGGUGUAUGCAUGGUCGAAUAGUAAAAACAUUUUAAGAUUGAUGCUGUGGUCAAAUAUUUGACGAUUCGCAUUAUAAAAUGUAUAUUAUAAUAAUUCAAAAGUAAUUAUAUGGGGGAUGGUGGUUUUACAGAGGGGAUGCUUUUUUUUCAAGAAGGGGGGAUGCCAUCCCCUCGCAGCCCCCUCAAGCCGAGCCCUGCAUUUACUGCUUGUUUGUUUUCCCCUUUUUCAUGUUUAACACUUGCUUCCCCCUAGUUCUACCUGCACGCAAGAGGGUUCAGUCUGAAAAUCCAACAAGGUCAUCAGUAGCACUUAGGUGUGAAGCAGUUAAUUCAUCUGGCCCGAAUGCAGCAUCAUCCACUGUUGCUACAUCACAGUCCACUGACGAAUCUUCAGAAUCUUCAAAUUCUUCAGAUUCAUCGUCAGAUUCAUCUGAUUCGGAACGUACAGCAAAGAAGAAGAAAAAGGAUAAAAACCAAAAGAACAGGAAGAAAUCCAAGAAACAGAGGAUUGAUUUUAGAUGGGCAAGAACCCCUGAAGACUCAAUCAAAUGUUACCACAAAGUUGUACAGCUUGUAAAAGGUGGUUUGAGCAAAGCGGAAGCUUACCAUAAAAUCAAGGUUGACAGAAAUACCAUUGUUAUGCAGGCUCCUAUCGCUGAAUUGGCUACAGCAAAUCCAGAGGAGUUCAAAGCACUGAGAGCAACCUUUAAAAAGGGAGAAAGUAUACAGAAAUUUUCUAAUGUGUUAUGCACGUUGUCUAGCUCAGCCUAAUGUGGAUGUCAUAAGGCGUUUAAAAGACAGAAAUGCACUGCUUGAUAUCUCCAAAAAGUGAGAUUGAAGUUUUGGUUUUAGUAUUUAGAGAAAACAUUUGUACUAUUUAUGGUUGAAAAAAUUUUUGUUUGCAUCGAUAGAUGCUGUGUUUAAAGUAAAUACAGGUUCCUAAAAAUCUUGUGAUGUUCCUGAAUUUUGUAACAUUUAAGUUUGUUUUAAAUUUUGUGCAUAUUUACUGCUGGUCAUCUGAUCUUAGAAGAGCAUUUUGAUCUUUGGAUAUUGUUCUGGUGCAAAAUAAAGACCUUG